GUCCGCCAUUACCGGCUUCGACAACGUGAUUUAUACGAUUUUUAACGAUGGCGUACAAAGGAGGACAAAAAGUGCAGAAGGUUAUGGUGCAGCCUAUUAAUCUGAUUUUCAGAUAUCUACAGAAUAGAUCACGGAUAUCAGUGUGGUUAUAUGAACAGACAAAUCUCAGAAUCGAGGGCUGUAUUGUGGGAUUUGAUGAAUACAUGAAUCUGGUUUUGGACGAGGCAGAGGAGGUUCAUAUGAAGACAAAGAACAGAAAAACAUUAGGAAGAAUCAUGUUAAAGGGAGACAACAUCACAUUGAUCCAGCAAGUUCAGUGAUGGUGAAUGGACGGAGAGAAAUUGUGUGACAGUGCGAAAGUGUGUAGAACAAUGAUACUGUAGCCGAAAUACAGUUUUCUAUUAUUUUUGGAAGCAGCAAACAAAAGAUCUUACAUUUUAUUUGUUGUAUAUAUGUGAAGAUUUUAGUGUAUUUGGAGAAAUCUUUGAAUCAGCUAUUACUGUUUUUUUUUUUUUUUUUUUUUGUAUAAAGAUGAGAAAUGGUUUUGUACAUGGUUAAAAAGGGGAAAUAUUGAAGAUGGAUUUAUGAAUGACUCUCACAUUAUUAAGAAUCAGCUACAAUUGAAUCGAUAAAUCUUUUCUGUUGUAUUUCAUUAGUCGUUGUCAAUUUUUUCAUGUUAAAUCCUUCAUCAGGAUAGCUGAGUAAAUUUACUGUUAUCAGUUAUAAUGUCAUGUUUCCUCAUACAGAAAUCAUGAAACAUAAAAUUUUAUACUGUAAAGAA